CAUCCCUGUCGUCUCUUCCGUAUUGAUUUCCCCAGCAGAGAUUCCACCGAAGAACUUUGGAUUUGAGGUCGCAUAUUUCUCUCUCUAUUCCCUCUGACCUCCUCCAUUGAAGCUCAAGCUCGCUUGCGCCGGCGUCGCACAAUCGCCGCCUGCUACUGUUUCGAAGGCGAGAAAUUAGCUUCAUUAGAUUGAAAUGAAGUUCCAAAGCCUUUGUUCUACAAGAAGUUCCAGUCUCUGUGCGUUUCUCGGAGUUUCGAGCUCUUCUAAUUAUGGAGCCAUGAAGCUUGGAAUCAUUAGAGCGACGACUUCACUAUCUUUCAGAUCCUCAAGAAUGACUGUUUGCGCGGUUAGUUUCCGCCCUUGUAUUGAUAUUCACAAGGGGAAAGUGAAACAAAUUGUUGGAUCAACUCUCCGAGAUUCAGAGCAGGAGGGAUCAACUCUUCUCACCAAUUUUGAGUCAGAUAAAUCAGCUGCAGAGUAUGCAAACUUGUAUAAACAAGAUGGGCUUACAGGUGGUCAUGCCAUCAUGCUUGGAGCAGAUCCUUUGAGCAUAGCUGCGGCCAUCGAAGCAUUGCAUGCCUAUCCUGGUGGCUUACAAGUUGGGGGUGGGAUAAAUUCAGAAAAUGCUUCUCGUUAUAUCGAAGAAGGAGCUAGCCAUGUCAUUGUUACUUCAUAUGUGUUCAAUAAUGGACAAAUGGAUCUUACAAGGCUUAAAGAUCUUGUUCGUAUUGUUGGGAAGCAAAGGCUUGUGCUGGAUCUUAGUUGUAGGAAAAAGGAAGGUAAAUACGCAAUCGUGACUGAUAGAUGGCAGAAGUUCAGCGAUGUAUUUCUCGAUGAGGAAGUACUGGCUUUUCUGGCUGACUAUGCAGAUGAGUUUUUGGUCCAUGGUGUCGAUGUCGAAGGGAAAAAACUUGGCAUUGAUGAAGAGCUAGUGACAUUGCUUGGCAAGUAUUCAUUGAUUCCUGUCACAUAUGCAGGUGGGGUCACAACAAUGGCUGACUUAGAAAGGAUAAAAGAUGCGGGCAAGGGGCGUGUGGAUGUUACCGUGGGAAGUGCUUUGGAUAUUUUUGGGGGAAAUAUGGCAUACAAGGAUGUUGUUGCAUGGCAUGCCAAGCAAAAGGUACCAACAGUUUAGUACCCUCCUGUUGUUUGCUGCAUAAUUUUGUUUACUGCUCUUAACUCUUACUUAGGGAGUGCUUUUUUAGACACAACCCAGAAGUCCGAGUGCCUUGGACAUUCUUUAUUCACCCAAAGAUCUUAACGUUUCAAGUUCCUCAUUAAUCUAAUGUUCUAUGUUAUAUUCAUGUCUGA